GUCACAUCACCUUUUGACAUCUGAGCCAGGUCUUGCACAUACCUUCUUGGACCCUUGCGCAGCAGACUUCGUCUUUCGGAACACUUCCACCAUACAUUUCCCAAUGUUUCUUGCACAGUUUAUCACCAGGCCACAAGACAAGAAACAAUAACCAAACAAAACAGCGUAGCCAUCCCAUAUCAGGUAUCGAUCACGAGCAUAGGAAUACAAGGCUAUCUAUCCCAUUAUGGCAACCUCUGGCGCCCAAGGCGCAUCUCGAAAGCCAAAUGGAGUUCUUCCAGUCUCCGGUCAACAGGCCACUACUGAUGCGCCAAAGUCCAAUAAGAGCAGGACUCCCGUCGAGGGCGACAAGGUUGUUAUUCGAAGACUGCCCCCUGGCAUGACGGAGCAAGAAUUAUGGAACAAUCUAGGCGACGAAUGGAAGGCUGGCAAUGGCCUCGUUAGCUGGCACAACUUUGAGGCUGGGAAGAUCUCUCAUGACCCUGCGAAGCCAUCGAGGCCAGGACGAGUCUAUCUUCAUGUUCUCAAGCGCGAGAGCCUUAACACGUUGUCGAAUCUGAUUCAGGCCAAGUCUUGGGAAGAUGCAAAGAUGACAUCCAAUAGCGCUUCUCUAGUCGGCCCGCCCGUUCUCGAGUUUGCGAUAUACAACAAAGUCCCGAGCAGCAAGAAGCGCACCGACCCAAGGCAGGGAACUAUUGAUCAGGACCCCGAGUUCAUGGCCUUUUUACAAUCCUUGACCAAUCCCGAGAUUGACAAGGACAACGAGAGCAACGAGAACAAGGAUGUGGAGGAAACGAAGCCUGAGACGAAGGUCACAACGACACCGUUGAUUGAGUUUCUCAAGGAGAAGAAGGCCAACAAGCAAAAAGAGGCUGCCGCCGCUAAGAGCGCUAAGCAGGCUCGGCAGGACUCCAGCACCAAGGGCAAGUCGUCGGCAUCAACGGCGGAGGAUUCAAAGAAAGGCAAGAAGGACUCUAAGGGAGACAAAUCGGCCGAUAAACCCAAAGAGACGGUCAAAAUCCUCACCAAAAAGGCCACUGCGGACGCUGUUAAGGCCGCAGAAGCUGUCGCCAGCCAGAUCACGCAGGCCUCCUCUUCCUCAUCUCAAGAUCAGCCCAAGAGUAGACGAGCUGGCAUUGCGGCUGCUGCCCGCAUCUUGCAACGAGACCUUGGCAUCAGCCCCGGAAGCGCCCAUAGGAGGGCACGACUCGAUGCUGCCAAAGCGGAGGCCGAUUCCAAGGGAACCUCAUCAAAGGAACCAGCGCAACCAGUGGUGGAAGCCCCAGCAGCUGCCCCGCCACCUGUCCCGGCUCCCGCUCCAGCAUCCUCAGCCGCUUCACAAACAUCUGAGAGAAACGCCACGCCCACGGCACCUAAGUCGGGUCGUUCUAGAAGAGGCGGCGGUGGAAAGAACGCAAGUGCCAACGAAUCAAAGGGCAAGUCAACAGAGGCGAGUGGCUCUUCUAGCGCUCCAACACCUUCCAAAGCCCCGGUCAUCUUGCUUAAGAAGAAGGACGAGGAGAAGAACAAGGAAAAGGCUACCAAGGCCGAAAAGGAAGCAUCGAGUUCGAAUGCGCAGGCAGCCGCCGCGCCAGCGAAUGCCAAGUCCAAUGCGCCUACCGGUCCUAAGGCAUCAGGAAAGGGCAGCAACGCGAAGAAGAGCACUGCCGCCGUUACCACUGGCGUGACCCGUGGUUUCGUCAAGCACGCAAACCCAUCGCAGGGUGUAACCGAGGCACUCCUCAAGCAAGCCAUGGAGGUCUUUGGCACCGUCACUUUUGUGGAAAUCGACAAGCGUAAGGGCUUUGCCUACGUCGACUUCUCCGAUCAUGAUGGCCUCGUAAAGGCAGUCGCCGCGAGCCCCAUACAGGUUGCCCAGGGUACAGUCCAGGUUCUUGAGCGCAAGGAGAAGAAGCCUGCCGCCUCUAACUCGAACUCGAACGCCAAUAACUCCAAUAACAGCAACGCAGCCAAUACCGCAGCAGCAAGCUCUAGCUCUGCUGCACCAUCGACGACCAAUGCAUCUAACAGCAACGCCACGCCUUCCGAGAAGCCGGAGCACCAUAAGCGGACCAGGCGUGGUCGUGGUGGUGGUAAGGCCGCGGCGGCUGGUGCGUCGGGCAGCAACAGCGGCAACAAGGAUGCGGCGCGCGAGUCCGCCGCCCCUGCUGCAGGCACGGGAUGAUCCAAGGGAGGGGACGACGCAAGGCAAAGAAUUUUUUGCAUUCGUUUUGAAAAGUGAUUGUACCUCGCAUGGUCGAUUCCCACGUGCGAAAGAAGAGCGCGGCAUGCGGGUUCGCAGGUGCGGGAAGGGUCAGCAAGUAUAGGCAAUGGGUGGAUGUUAUUGCGUACCUGCGCACUACCUGCGUUUCUGCCCAACGGGCCUAAUGAGUGAGGGCCACGAUGCGAUGAAGAGGUACGGAAUAUGGGCGACGCAACACCCGGUUCGCUGGAUGCAGUUGCCCCUCUCCCCGCGCCAUCCACAAUAUCGAUUAUUCUUUGACGAUAUCACCCGCCGAUACCAGCAGCAUUGUGCAUUGCAGAGGAGGUGGCGUUGGGUGUGAUCUGCGCAAAGGGUUUGGCGGGAGGAAGUAGUUGGUGGUUGGUGGUUGGCUGUCGUAAGCGCACCUUGACCUGGGAGAUCGUCACGAGUGCUUGCAGAGUAUGAGGAUCAAGUAGAGAUUAUCCUAAUAGGACAGAAUCGCGAGGUUACGGAGAUUCCAGUCUAUGAUGUGUAAGUCGGGCAA